AUGAGAUUAAUAAAAAAAAAAAUUGACCCGAACAUUAAAUUUCAGGCCAAAGAAUUGCCCGCCAAAGACAUUUCAGGUACAUCGGAUCCAUACGUAAGAGUCACUUUAUUACCCGAUAAAAAGCACAGACUGGAAACAAAAGUUAAAAGAAGGACUCUUAAUCCUCGCUGGAACGAAACUUUUUACUUUGAAGGUUUUCCAAUACAAAAAUUACAAGGUAGAGUUUUACAUCUUCACGUUUUUGACUGGGAUAGAUUUUCCAGAGAUGAUUCCAUAGGAGAAGUAUUUUUACCACUUUGUCAGGUUGAUUUAACGGAAAAGCCAUCUUUUUGGAAAGCUUUAAAACCUCCGGCUAAAAACAAAUGUGGAGAAUUAUUAACGUCACUAUGUUAUCAUCCGAGCAAUUCCGUAUUGACUCUGACAUUACUUAAAGCGAGAAACCUGAAAGCAAAAGAUAUCAAUGGUAAAUCAGAUCCUUACGUAAAAGUAUGGCUACAAUUCGGUGAUAGAGAAUAG